AUGUCAGGUUUUCCUUAUACGCUUCCAUAUAAACGCUUGGAUCUUCGCAAAUUACCUCAUCUUUAUCGACCUGGAAAAGGAGAACAAGGAGUAUUGAUGGUAGAACCCUACAAAUCCGAAUUGCUACCUAAUUGGAAAUUCAAAGAUCCCCAAUCGGCACGCAAAAGUUCACAAAGGUUGAGAAUUCAAUUUGAUGAGUAUCUAGAGCAAGGUGACUUUAUUGGAGCGGACAUGGCUAGGAAAUUUAUACAGAUGGGCUUCACAAGAUCAAGACGAUAUGCGAAUCACAAAGGAGGAAGAAAGUAUGCUGUAAAGGAAGAUGGAACACGAGGAGAACAAUUGCCAAGAUCAGAUGUCGAAGAUCCUGUAAAAGCAGAAAGUGCACAGAUCUUCAAGAAUGUCUUGGAGGAAAUCAAAGUUGAUCAAAAAUACGCACAAUUACGAACGGAAUUUGAGAAAAAGUAUGCAAAUACGCCUAUACCCAUCUUCAAGGACGAACAAAACCCUGUAAAAUAA